UGCUGUUCUCUGAGCGGAAAUCGGACCUCACGCCAUUUUGAGAAACUAGCGAGCCUUAGUGCAGCUUCUUCUUCUUGUAUGAGUGCAAUGUGAUCGAUGUUGUCGAAGCUAUGCUCGCAACUUAGUCGUUUUUUAAAAAAAUCCAACGCAGCUGUUGUUUGAAAGCUAAAUAUUUUAUAUAACAUUUGUCUGCUUUAACCUGCAUUACUCUUCCAGCCAUGUCCACCGAGGGAACAGCCGAGCAGGCUGCUGCAGAGUAUAUACCAGAGAAGGUGAAGAAGGCAGAGAAGAAGUUGGAAGAAAACCCAUAUGACCUUGACGCAUGGAGCAUUCUGAUUCGAGAAGCACAGAACCAACCCAUAGAUAAAGCAAGGAAGACAUAUGAGCGACUUGUCACGCAGUUCCCAAGUUCUGGCAGAUUCUGGAAACUAUUCAUUGAAGCCGAGAUCAAGGCAAAAAACUAUGACAAAGUAGAAAAGCUGUUUCAGAGAUGUCUAAUGAAAGUGUUGCACAUCGACCUGUGGAAAUGCUACCUCUCAUAUGUUCGAGAGACCAAAGGGAAGUUGCCUAGUUACAAAGAGAAGAUGGCCCAGGCGUAUGACUUUGCCCUGGAUAAAAUUGGCAUGGAAAUAAUGUCUUAUCAGAUUUGGGUGGACUACAUCAACUUCCUCAAAGGAGUUGAGGCCGUGGGCUCUUACGCAGAGAACCAACGGAUCACAGCAGUACGGAGGGUGUAUCAGAGAGGCUGUGUGAACCCCAUGAUCAACAUUGAGCAGCUCUGGAGAGAUUAUAGCAAAUAUGAAGAGGGCAUCAACGUGCACUUGGCCAAAAAGAUGAUCGAGGAUCGAAGUAGGGACUACAUGAAUGCCAGGAGAGUGGCGAAGGAGUAUGAGACUGUGAUGAAAGGGUUGGACAGGAACGCACCCUCAGUCCCGCCCCAGAAUUCCCCUCAGGAAGCCCAGCAAGUGGAGAUGUGGAAGAAGUAUAUCCAGUGGGAGAAAAGCAACCCACUGCGCACAGAAGACCAGACGCUAAUCACAAAAAGAGUGAUGUUUGCCUAUGAGCAGUGCUUGCUGGUGCUGGGUCAUCACCCUGAUGUGUGGUAUGAGGCAGCACAAUACCUGGAGCAGUCCAGCAAACUGCUGGCAGAGAAAGGAGAUAUGAAUAACUCCAAGCUCUUUAGCGACGAGGCAGCCAACAUCUACGAACGUGCCAUUGGAACUCUUCUGAAGAAAAACAUGCUUCUAUACUUUUCAUUUGCUGACUAUGAAGAAAGUCGCAUGAAGUACGAGAAGGUCCACAGCAUCUAUAACAAACUGCUCGCCAUAGAGGACAUAGACCCCACCCUGGUCUACAUCCAGUACAUGAAGUUUGCCAGGAGGGCUGAGGGAAUCAAAUCUGGCCGCACUAUCUUCAAAAAGGCCAGAGAGGAUCUGCGCACGCGUCACCAUGUGUACGUGACCGCAGCACUGAUGGAGUACUACUGCAGCAAGGAUAAAUCGGUGGCCUUCAAGAUUUUUGAGCUUGGUUUGAAGAAAUAUGGCGACAUUCCAGAGUACAUUCUGGCCUACAUUGAUUACCUCUCUCACCUCAAUGAGGACAACAACACCAGAGUUCUGUUUGAACGAGUCCUUACCUCAGGAAGCUUGUCACCAGAGAAGUCAGGUGAGAUCUGGGCUCGCUUCUUGGCUUUUGAGAGCAACAUAGGCGACCUAGCCAGUAUUCUGAAAGUGGAGCGCAGGCGGUUCUCUGCCUUCAAAGACGAGUACGAGGGCAAAGAAACAGCACUGCUCGUCGACAGAUACAAGUUCAUGGAUCUCUACCCCUGCUCUACUAGUGAACUCAAGGCCCUGGGAUACAAGGAUGUGUCUCGUGCCAAAUUGGCAGCUAUGCUCCCAGAAACUGUGGUGGCUCCUUCUGCACCUACAAUGAAGGAUGAAGCUGACCGCAAACCUGAGUACCCAAAACCUGACACCAACCAGAUGAUCCCCUUCCAGCCACGUCACCUGGCCCCUCCAGGUCUACAUCCUGUACCUGGCGGAGUUUUCCCAGUUCCCCCAGCUGCUGUCAUCCUAAUGAAGCUACUCCCUCCGCCGACGUGCUUCACUGGUCCUUUUGUUCAAGUGGAUGAGAUCAUGGAAAGUUUUAGGAGGUGCACACUUCCUGAGACUGUGGAUGCUGCUGUAGAGCUGAUCACUGGUAGACAGCCAGAUACAGGAGGGGAAGGCAAUGGAUCCAUGGAGAACCAUGCCGUUGCCAAGUCACUCAAGAGGCCUAACGCAGACUCCGACGAGGAGGAUGACAAAGGAGCCGUAGCUCCGCCCAUACACGACAUUUACCGUGCGCGCCAGCAGAAGAGGAUUCGAUAAACACAAAGACGCGCUGAACCCUUCAAGAAUGUAAUCUUAACAGAUGGUCCUAUGGGGUACACAUACAUGUCCAUGUUUCUAAAUACGUCUGACAGAUUGUCCAUCUGUUGAUCUUUGUACAGAAGAUAGACAUACAUGUACACACACUCACACAGAUACACAUAUGCACAUCUGAGUGUUUUUUUUUUCUUUUUGUUAACAGUUUUUAUUUUUAAAAACUGACUGUUAUACUGUAAAAAAUUUUAAUUCAACCUUUGAUUUUGACACACAGUUUUGGCCUUGUGAUGUUCCAGUAAUGGUAACGUGAAACCAAGCUUCUUCUUUUUUUUAGAUAACUGGAAGAAACACAGUUCCUUUCAAUAAAAGUGUAAAAUAAUUCAA